AUGUCGCUCACAACAACAGCCACGACGCUGUCGCCAACCACGGCCUCCGUCACAACCACCAUUUCCGCCGGCCGCCCUGCUCAGGCGCAGUCUUCCUCCUUUUCCUCCACAACAAAAACACUUCCGCGAUCCCUGCGCAAACGCCUUCCCACCCCUUUUGCCAACACAUCAUCGACGUCCUCUUCUUCAACACGCGCCGGCCGCGGCCUCGCAUCCUCUCUUUCGACGCCUAACCUUAGCUCCCUUUUCGCCGCCCACGCGCGCCGCGCUCCCGGCGUCCAGGGUGUUCCCCCGUUGCCGUCACUACCCCACCAGCCGUCGGUGCCGCUGCCGCUGCCCUUGUUGACGCGCAAGGCUUCGUUGGCUGCGCUGACUUCGUCGUCGUUGGCUACCAUUCCCGAUGCAACCGAGUCCUAUGCCUUUGACACGUUGAACGAGCUCACCUUUCCGUCAAAUAACGACAACAGUUACAAGAACAACGCGCCGCCUGCCACCAUGGCUCCCCUCACACCCGGGCGCUUCGCGUCCUCCAUGGCGUCCUACUCGGGCGCGCCCACCAGCGAUGACCCCGUUGUCGCCGGCGAUGCUGUCGAUGUGCCCGGCGGCAUGCACGGCACUGUGCGCUUUGUGGGCUCCGUCGCCGGCCGCAAGGGUGUCUUCGCCGGAGUCGAACUGCACCCCGACUUUGCCACGCGUGGCAAGAACAGCGGCGACGUCGACGGCGUCUCGUAUUUCAGUACCAACAUCCCCGGCGCCGGCAUCUUCCUUCCCCUUAACAAGGCCAUUCGCCGAGACGCAUCGCCCUCUGCCUUCCCUAUGACACCCACCGCCACCAACGGCACCGGCCUCAAGCUUGGCAACCAGAACUCUAUCAACUUCACGCCACCCACACCCUCCCUCCCCAAGUUCAGCCAGUCUGUUAGCGGCGGCCCCCUUCCCCGGGCCCCCAGUCCACAACACGGCACCCGCCGGCCUCCACGCACAUCCCUGCCACGGCCCGAUUCCCCAGUGCGCCGCCUCCAGAUGACGCCUGCGCCAGGAUCCAACGGCCCGCGGCCGUCACUGCCUGCCGCGACGCCGGCGGCCAAGGGAGGCGCGUCGUCAGGUGCCGGCGGUGCGCCCGGCCGCUUUGGCAGCCCGACGUCGACCAGCAAGUUCUCCCAGAGCAUGCGCGCUCCAGGAACUGCCGGCAUGGGCGAUCCCAGCAAACGCGGGACCGGCCUUGGCAUGCUCCGGGGCGGGCCGGUCGACCGCAAAGCCAGCAUCGGCCCACGAAGUGCCUCUGCGCUCGGCAGCGCUUCCAACUACGGCGACGACGACAACGCCACGCCGACGAAUGCCGGUCGUGUCGGCCGCUCCAAUGGAAGUGCCGGUGGCAGUGCAAACGGCAGCGUCGGCUCCGCAUCGUCCUUUAGCGGACAGGGACAGCAGCGCGGCAUCGGUCGGCCGCUGUCACGCACCGCCAGCCACAUGAAGAAUGGCAGCAUUGCCACGGCUACGACGCUCGCAAACAGCAGCGGCAACAACGACGAAGAGGUCGAGCGUCUGCGCUCCGAGCUGCAGGACCGCGAUCGCCAGCUCAAGGACCAGGCCAGCACGCUUGCCGAUAUGGAGAGCAGCCUGACCGAGCUGCAGGGCCUGAUUGAAAGCUCAGAUGGACCGUUGGGCCCGAAUCCAAACGGCGGAGGUCCCGGUGCAGCGCCUGGCGGCGGUGCCGAUGGCUUUGACGGCGACGACAAGGACAUGGCACAGCUGCGCGCGCUCUUGCGCGAGAAGAACGACAAGAUCGCCAUGCUGACGGCCGAGUUCGACACCCACCGCGCCGACUUCCGCAGCACCAUUGACACGCUCGAGAUGGCUAGUACCGAGACCGAGCGUGUCUACGAGAAGAAGAUUGAGGAGAUGAUGCAGGAGAACCAGGAGCUCGAGAGCCGGUUGGCCGAUGUGGAGGCCGUCGCGCAGCAACUCAAGCAGCUCGAAGAGUUGGUGCAGGAGCUCGAAGAGGGGCUCGAAGACGCACGGCGGGGCGAGGCCGAGGCCCGUGGCGAGGUUGAGUUUCUGCGGGGUGAAGUCGAGCGCACGCGAACCGAGCUGCGGCGCGAGCGCGAUAAGGCCGCUAUGUUGGUUGCCUCGGGCGGUGGAGGUGGACCGGGCAGCGGCGGCGUCGGCGUUGGCUCCGGCACGCUGGUGCGGGGCAAUUCGACGUCUUCGAACCCGUCCAAGGAUCUCGAGCAAAAAGACGACGAGAUCCGCGGCCUCAAGGCUAUUAUCCACUCGCUGAGCCAGAACGCCGGUGUCAGCGACGGCAGCAACAACGCCUCCAACGGCGGCGGCAGCAGUCACCGCCGGGGCGAGUCGAUCAACGAGCGCCUGGCCCGCGAGGCGCUCGAGCGCGAGGUGGCCGACCUGCGCGCGCUGCUCGACAACAAGUCGACCCGCGAGACGGAGAUGGAGCGCGAGAUUGAGCAGCUGCGCCUGACUGGCAACGGCGCCGCGGCCUCGUCGACCAACAACCUCGGCGCCCACCGCUCGAGCGCCAUGACCGUCGGCAGCCGGUCCUCUCUGCGUGACUCGCGCGGCACGGUCGUGCUGGCCCGGGACUUUCGCGAGUCGCUGAAUGGCGGCGGCCUGUCCUCGAGCGGCAACAACAAUAGCAACGGCGGCAGCAACAACUUGAGCGCACACCACAACCACUCCCGGUCCAACUCCAACCCGCGCACCGGCAACCGCUCGCCUGACCAGGUCCGGAAACUGCCGCACCACUCGCGCGGACCCACGCUCGACACGAUGCCUGAGAGCGACGCCUACUCGUCGGUCACGGAGUCGAGCACGCUGUGGUGCGAGAUUUGCGAGACCAACGGCCACGACAUUCUGACAUGCACCAACAUGUUUGGCUCGGCAGCGGGUGCGGGUGCAGGCACGGGCGUGAACGGUGCGCCACCACCGGCAUCGUCCAACGCCCCCGCACAACUUGAUUCCCGCACCGGCAAGGACGUGGUCCGUGCUGCCUUCUCUUCCGAGCCCGCCGCACCGAUGAUUCCGCUCAAGCUUGGCUCUGUGGCUGCCAAGACUGCUCCGCCGCCCGAGGUCAAGAUCCUGCCGAACCCCAUGGAGUCUGGCCCGGUGGCCGGCAAGGAGAGCGGCGUGGUGGAUGCCGGAAAGUGGUGUGCGCUGUGCGAGCGUGAUGGCCACGACAGUGUGGACUGCCCGUUUGAGGAUGCCUUUUAA